AUGAACGCCGUAGACCACUGGGCGCCAACCUUCGAAUGUGAAACAUGCACCAGCACCUUCAGUUCUCAAAAUGGCGCCAACAACCAUAUGAAUGCGAAGGGUCAUUGGCUUCCAACCGUUCCAUGCCAGACGUGCCCGAUGAAGUUCCAAUCAGACCAAGCCGCUGAGAACCAUAUGCUCGCCAACAGACAUUACAGGGCCUACUGCUACGAUUGCGAUCGUGCCUUCAGGGACGAGCACUGUUUACGCCAGCAUCUGAAUUCCAAGACCCACCGUGGUACUAGUAUUCCGUGCCCGUUCUGUCGCACUGGCUUUGUCACGGCUAGCGGUGUUUCCCAUCAUCUCGAAAGUGGAUCCUGCUCUCAAGCUCAAGGCUUGAAUCGCGACAAAAUUCACCGCAUUAUCCAACAGCUUGACCCGAAUGGCUACGUCUGCAAGAAACAGAUUGGGUGGCAUGGCGAGGAGAAUGUUACUUACUCGGUCACUGACAGUGCAUGGAAUGGCGCCUGUUGGGCGUGCUACCUUUGCAAAAAGGGGUUCAACUCGCGGAAGGCGCUAGAAUCCCAUGUAAACUCGCCUGUGCACAAGGAGAAGGUCUACCACUGCCUCAAGCGUGGCUGUCCCAAGGAGUUCCACUCCCUGGCUGGUCUGUUCAACCACCUUGAGAGUGAAGCGUGUGGAUUCAUUCGCUUCGACGGGGUUCAACAGGUUCACAGGCAGUUGAACGAUGCUAUCAUGGGCAACCGGAUGAUCACUGGAUUCUAG